AUGGAUGAAAAAUCUUCUUCUAGAGUACUGGAAAAUAUGGAUUCAAACUCCAUGUCGUUAUUGUACAGCUCACCAUCUAUAAAUAGUCACAGCAAUAGCACUGGAGAGAUAGCAAAAAAUUCAUUCUUUAAAAUCACACAUUCGCCAACCUUUGAAAACGAUAAGAAUACACCUCUAAAAUGGCAGCAAGAGAAACAGGAGUUCCAAUUCCAAAGCAAUAGUACACCGUCAAAAUCAAAUUUCAAGAACCCUCAGCAAAGAUUACUUCAAGCAAGGAAAAGACGAUCCACUUUAAUGGGAGCUAAACCAAGAGUCCCAUCAAGAUUAAAUAAAGCAACAUCUAAAUUGGAUUUGAUUGAUGAUAGAACUUUAACUAGUUUACCAAUUCCACAUCCACAAAAAAAUGAAAAUAAUAAUUUAUUCCAGAACAGACAACUCAACAAUAAAAGACCUAGAUAUAAUGAAACCAAAGAACUUAGGGUUCACAAUGAUCAGGUUAAUAGAAACGUGAGUUAUAAUCAGUCAACAUUAGAUGAUUCAUUAGAUAGUAUGGGAGAAGACAAAGAGAACACAUCCAAAAACUAUGAUCACCCAAUAGUUUUAUUAGAAGACUAUAUUUCUUAUGACGAUUCUGGAUCUUCUUCUAGGAAAAGGAAUAAAAGAAGAAUAUCUUUAUCAGACCUGAAACGAAAAAUGCAUAAGGGACAGACUAACAAUGUUCUCAAAUUAAGGAAAAUUAAGCAUCCUUCUCACUUAUCAAAUCUAACAUUUUCCCUUGCUCCCAAUCACGCCAAUGCUUCCAGCAUAAUGACGGACAUUAGUGAACAAUAUAAUACCUUUGAACCUGAACCGAAUGAAAAUUCUAAUGCGAGCUCUGAUGAGAUAAAUGGUGUAUUAAAAGAACUGAUACACCCUGUUACUGGAGUGACUGAAGAUCAAUAUAUAUCGAGAAUUUCAAAAAAAUCACAAUUGGUCAGUUGUGUUGUAUGUGAUAAAGUAUUAUACGAGUUAAGUAGUAUAUUACCAGAAAAUAAUAAAUUUAAAGAAAUUGUAUGUGGAAAUUGUGCAGAAAAAUAUGAAGCAGCUGCAAAACUAUUUGAAGAUUACGAAUUUGAUUCAUCACUUGAUAUAUCAAACUCUAGCAUAAUGAGUGGAAUGAAUAAUAAUGUACAGUACUUAGAAAACAUAGGACUCAUAAAACAUAAAAAUACUGAUACAUUUUCAAAUGAACUUAUUACUAGACUUCAAUCACAACUAAAACAAACAAAUGAAAAGGAUGAGAAACAAAAUAAUGAGGAAUUUUUACUUGAUUCAAAAUCUGUUCUUUGGUUUAUAGAAGCAAGGAAAAAAAUUAGAUGGAGAUGGAGAAUAAGUAAAUUAUUACCUGAAUUCCUUUCAAAUCAUAACAGCAACACGACACAAUCAUCAUAA